AGUUGGUCAUGCCAAAUAUCAAUGACGUCAGUGGCAAUCUGGCAAUCAGUGAUCCCGCUCUCGAACCACGUGAAUUAGAAAGUUUAAGUUGUGAAUAAAACUCUUUGGUUGUAAUUUUAAAAAUGUCUAAUGAUUUGUCAAAGGAUGAAUUAUUAUCAUUAAUAAUUAAAUGUACUAAUUUUGCUGCUAAAAAACACAAAAACCAGAGACGACAUGAUUUAGAACAAACUCCAUAUAUAAAUCAUCCAAUAGGGGUUGCCAGUAUUUUAACUGAAGAAGGUAAAGUUUAUGAUCCAAAUGUUAUUGUAGCAGCAUUAUUGCACGAUACUGUUGAAGAUACUGAAACAACAAUGGAAGAAAUAGAGCGUGAAUUUGGUGAAAAAAUUAAGUCAAUAGUAUCAGAAGUAACUGAUGACAAAUCACUGCCUAGUCAAGAGCGUAAACGUCUACAGGUUGUCCACACACCCCACAUAAGUCAUGAAGCUAAACUUGUUAAACUAGCCGACAAAAUUUACAACCUCCGAGAUCUCCAGAGAUCAACGCCAGUCGGGUGGACUACCACUCGUGUCUAUAAUUAUUUUCAGUGGUCUAAGCAAGUUAUUCAAGGAUGCCGAGGAACAAAUGAAAGAUUGGAGACGAUAUUUGAUGGGAUAGUUGCUCAACAACCUAAAAUAAAUGGGUGAUCCUGGUGAUUCAUGGUGAUCAUGAUGAUGAAAAAACAAAUAAAAUAAAAAAGACUACUCUGAGCUUAUCUGGUAAAUUUUUCG